UUUUUUUUGUUAAAUAUUUUAAGUGCAAGUGCGCGUUGUUUGUGUCGAACGCUCACACCGCGCGUUGUCGCCGCCGCCUACGCAUAUUUUCUGUUCUUUUGCCUAAAUUAUUCUGUCGCCUGAGCGUUGCGUGUGCGUCUGGAUGUGUGUAGGUGUGUGUGUGUGUGUGUGUGUGUUGCUGUUUAGUUAUCAUUUCUUUUGCAUCAAUGCCCUUUUGUUAAACGUACUGCGGUUGUGCAUAAAUGCAAAGGUAUUAUACAAAUAUUAGCAACAUUAAACGCAUCACCUAUCACAGCAACAGCAGUAACGGCAACAACAACAUUGUAUGCUUUUUGCUGGCUGGCGGACCGGUUGGCUGGUCGAUGAGCAACCACGCACAAUGAGUAACCUGGUGCAGGAUAUACAGAACAAAUACUCAUUCCUGGACAAUUUGCUCACCAAUUUCUGGAAAUCAAUUAUCAAAUCGAAUUCAACAUUCAAGUUACAGCUGCGAAAUAUCAAAUGGAAGAACUCCAAAGCCAGACCAGGCUGUGCCUAUCAACCCACAGAGAUCGAGCAGAUGGCUAAUGUCAUCACGCACGGCAUUUGGAUUGUUCCCGCCCUGUUUGCUGCCAUCAAACUAUUCGAGCGUUCGUACACCUCGAGCCAGGUGUUAGUCUCCUGGGUCUAUGGCGGUGCCCUCUGCAUGCUCUUCACCGUAUCCACCUUUUUUCACUGUUCCUGCUACUGUGUGGAGCAUAAACCACCAAUUAACUACAAAGCUUGGCCAGCCGUUGGUUGGCACACAUACUGUGGGCUCAAAAAUAUUUUGCAUCGUUGCGAUCGCGCUAUGAUUUAUGUGUUCAUUGCUGGCUCAUAUUUUCCGUGGCUGACGCUGGAGAAUACGAAUCAUUCGGCGAUAUUGUUUUGCAUGGAAUGGGUAAUAUGGUUAAUGGCAGCUAUUGGCAUAGCGUAUCAACAGCUCUAUCACGAACGAUAUAAAUGCCUGGAGACCUUCUUCUAUAUAAUAAUGGGUUUGGGACCGGCUCUGGUUGUAAUACUCACCGGUCAUAAUUUUCCUGGGAUGACGCAAUUAAAAUUUGGCGGUGCUUUCUAUAUACUAGGCAUUGCGUUUUUUAAAUCGGACGGACUUAUACCGAUGGCGCAUGCCAUUUGGCAUUUGUUUGUGGUGCUCGCCGCUGGUUGUCAUUAUUAUGCGAUUUUAGUAAAUUUAUACCCGAACGACUCCAUUAUUUAUAAAAAUUAAUUCGUUAGGCAGUAGUACAAGUAUGUAUAUACUGUAUAUACUCGUAUAUGGAUAUAUCUUCUAUGUGUAUAUAUCUGUAAAUGAAAAGGUGCUCGCGACGUCCUGCUCCAUUGAUAUUGAAAAUCUUCUGCCGCUGACUGCGCUCCGUAGAAUUUGUAGAGUACUUAAUUAAGAGCCUUGCCAAUGAUACGAUUACCAACAAAAACCCAUCCGUUCGACGUCGCUGCGGACUACUUCAUUUAAAAAUAUUGUUUUUGUAUAUUUUUUUAAAAAUUAUUUGAGUCAGCCAUAACGUAUUCCUUCCCAAUACCCGAGUCACUGCUCCAAAUUUAGCCAAAUUUUUCAAAAUACUUGAACAUAAUUAAUUUUAUAGUGUUCAUUAUUAUUUACGAUAUACGUACUAUAUGUACUAAAUAUUAUUCUUGUUCUUGUUCGAUAGUUUAGUUCUUCACACGGAUUUAUAUGUGGAUGUAUAUAUAGGAUGAAUGUAGAGAUUAGUGAAAAUAAUAUAUCGUAGUUUUAUACCUACAUACCUAUAUGCAUAGGAUAGAAAGUUAAAUGGAAGACAAACAAAAGAAUAGUUAAUCUAAACGGAAACGAUUUUUGUGAUCAACAUCUGCGGUCUUGCCAAAGAUUAAAUUAAAUAAUUCAUAGCUCAUGUUUAUGUGCUCCUUUCCGGGGUCUCGUUUUUAUGUAGACCCCGCUAGCCUACCCACGUACACACAUACAUGCAGAGCAUACGUGCGUAUUCGAAAUUCUACCCAUUAUACACAAAUAUAUACUAUACGUGUGUGUGUGUAUGCAUGCAUGUAUGUGCAAUUAAUAAUAGCUAUGUAAGAAUAAGCAUUAUGUAUCUUUACACCAAACUCACAUUUUGGCUUUAUGUUCUUUUCUAAGACUUUUAAUUUGUAAAGAGAAAAUGAAAGAAAUGUAUGUUUGCACUCUAGUAUAUAUA